CGCUGGCGGCGGUGAGAAUGGGGGACUCCAAAGUGAAAGUGGCCGUGCGGAUCCGGCCCAUGAACCGGCGCGAAUUUGACUUGCAUACCAAAUGUGUGGUGGAUGUAGAUGCAAACAAAGUUAUUCUUUAUCCUGCAAAUACUAAUCUUUCCAAAGGAGAUGUCAGAGGUCAGCCAAAGGUAUUUGCUUAUGAUCAUUGCUUCUGGUCUAUGGAUGAAUCUGUCAAAGAAAAAUAUGCAGGUCAAGAUGCUGUUUUUCAGUGCCUUGGAGAGAAUAUCCUUCAGAAUGCCUUUGAUGGCUACAAUGCAUGUAUCUUUGCCUAUGGACAAACUGGGUCUGGAAAGUCUUAUACAAUGAUGGGCACAGCUGACCAACCUGGAUUAAUCCCAAGACUUUGCAGUGGUCUCUUUGAAAGAACUCAGAAAGAAGAAAAUGAAGAACAGAGUUUUAAAGUUGAAGUGUCCUACAUGGAAAUCUAUAAUGAGAAAGUUAGAGAUCUCUUGGACCCCAAAGGAAGCCGUCAAACAUUGAAAGUCAGAGAACACAAUGUACUGGGUCCUUAUGUGGAUGGGCUUUCUAAACUGGCUGUCACAAGCUAUAAGGAUAUUGAGUCCUUGAUGUCAGAAGGCAAUAAGUCCCGAACAGUUGCUGCUACCAACAUGAAUGAAGAAAGCAGCAGAUCCCACGCAGUCUUCAAGAUCAUCCUGACCCAUACUUUGUAUGAUGUGCAAUCUGGGACAUCGGGAGAGAAGGUUGGCAAACUAAGCCUGGUUGACCUAGCAGGCAGUGAAAGAGCCACAAAAACAGGAGCUGCAGGUGAUAGGCUGAAGGAAGGAAGCAAUAUUAACAAGUCCCUCACCACCCUUGGUCUGGUUAUCUCUGCCCUUGCAGAUCAGGGUGCUGGAAGAAACAAGAAUAAAUUUGUUCCAUACCGUGACUCUGUUCUCACCUGGCUGUUAAAAGAUAGUCUUGGGGGUAAUAGCAAGACAGCCAUGGUGGCCACUGUCAGCCCUGCAGCUGAUAACUAUGAUGAGACUCUUUCAACUCUGAGGUAUGCUGACAGAGCCAAAAACAUUGUUAACCAUGCAGUAGUGAAUGAGGACCCCAAUGCACGAAUCAUUCGGGAUCUCCGAGAAGAAGUAGAAAAACUCAAAGAACAGCUAACAAAAGCGGAGGCCAUGAAAUCCCCAGAGCUAAAGGAUCGGCUAGAAGAAUCUGAGAAAUUGAUUCAAGAAAUGACUGUAACCUGGGAAGAAAAAUUAAGAAAAACAGAGGAGAUUGCACAGGAGCGACAAAAACAGCUAGAGAGUCUUGGAAUAUCUCUUCAGUCUUCAGGAAUCAAAGUUGGGGAUAAUAAAUGUUUUCUUGUCAAUCUGAAUGCUGAUCCUGCCCUCAAUGAACUCCUGGUUUACUAUUUAAAGGAACAUACGUUAAUAGGAUCAGCUAAUUCCCAAGAUAUCCAGCUCUGUGGAAUGGGAAUUCUUCCUGAACACUGUAUUAUAGACAUCACAUCAGAGGGCCAAGUUAUUCUAACGCCUCAGAAAAACACCAGGACAUUUGUAAAUGGUUCUUCUGUUGCAAAUCCUAUACAGUUACACCAUGGAGACCGAAUCCUGUGGGGAAACAACCACUUUUUCAGACUCAACUUGCCAAAAAAGAAAAAGAAAAUAGAUAAAGAAGAAGAUGAGGACCAAGAAAAUUCUGUGAAGAAUAGUAGCAGUGUGGAGCAGCUGGAUGUAGAUGGAGACACUUCCAGUGAGGUGUCCAGUGAAAUUAACUUCAAUUAUGAGUAUGCACAAAUGGAAGUGACCAUGAAGGCUCUGGGGAACAAUGAUCCAAUGCAGUCCAUCUUGUACAGCUUGGAGCAACAGCAUGAAGAGGAGAAGCGGUCAGCAUUGGAGCGUCAGAGACUCAUGUAUGAACAUGAGCUAGAGCAGCUAAGAAGGCGGCUUUCUCCGGAGAAACAGUCCUACCGUAGCAGCAUGGACAAGUUCCCCUUCCAUUCUCCCAGUGCUCAGCAACGCUUAAGGCAGUGGGCAGAAGAAAGAGAAGCAACACUGAACAACAGUCUGAUGAAACUGAGAGAGCAGAUUGUUAAAGCCAAUCUGUUAGUCAGAGAAGCAAGUUUCAUUGCAGAGGAACUGGACAAGAGAACGGAAUAUAAAGUCACCUUACAGAUUCCAGCCUCCAGCCUUGAUGCUAACAGGAAGCGAGGCUCACUUCUUAGUGAACCUGCAAUCCAGGUGAGGAGAAAAGGCAAAGGCAAACAGAUAUGGUCCUUGGAGAAACUGGAUAAUAGAUUGUUGGACAUGAGGGACCUUUAUCAGGAGUGGAAGGAAUGUGAUGAAGAUAGCCCGGUAACAAGAUCUUACUUCAAGCGAGCUGAUCCAUUCUACGAUGAACAAGAAAAUCAUAGUCUCAUUGGUGUGGCCAAUGUUUUCCUAAGCUCUCUUUUUUAUGAUGUGAAGUUACAAUAUGCUGUGCCAAUCAUCAACCAGAAAGGAGAGGUGGCAGGUCGACUACAUGUGGAAGUGGUGCAGAUCAGUGGUGCUAUUGGAGAACGAAUCGCAGGCGGGGAUGACAGUGUUGACUUUUCAUUUGAUAAGGACACACAGGACCACAAACUGGUGUGCAUGGUCAAAAUACUUCAAGCUACAGGUUUGCCACAACAUCUCUCCAACUUUGUGUUCUGCAAAUAUACCUUCUGGGAUCAGCAGGAACCAGUCACUGUUGCACCUGAAGUUGAUACUUCAUCUUCUCCUGUCAGCAAAGAGCCUCAGUGCAUGGUGGUCUUCGAUCACUGCAAUGAGUUUUCUUUCCACAUCUCUGAAGAUUUUAUUGAAUAUCUUUCUGAAGGGGCUUUGGCAAUUGAAGUAUAUGGCCACAAGAUGACUGAUCCUCGAAAAAACCCAGCCCUUUGGGAUUUGGGAAUUAUCCAAGCCAAAACACGGAGUCUCCGUGAUAGGUGGAGUGAAGUCACUAGAAAAGUAGAAUUCUGGGUUCAAAUUCUGGAACAGAAUGAAAAUGGGGAAUACUGUCCAGUGGAAGUGAUUCCUGCAAAAGACGUGCAGACAGGAGGUAUUUUCCAGCUACGGCAGGGGCAGUCACGGCGAAUUCAGGUUGAAGUGAAGUCUGUGCAGGAGUCUGGAACUUUGCCACUAAUGGAGGAAUCCAUAAUGUCUGUUGGUGUAGGAUGUGUAAAAAUAAGACCUAUACGAUCCCCAAAGAGUCAUGAAAUUUUCCAUGAAGAACAAGAUGACAUGGACAGCUACCAGGACAGAGAUUUGGAAAGACUACGGCGAAAAUGGCUGAACACAUUAACCAAACGUCAAGAAUACUUGGAUCAACAACUACAAAAGCUUGUCAGUAAGCCUGAUAAAACAGAAGAUGAUGCUGACAGGGAAGCUCAACUUCUAGAAAUGAGGUUGACUUUAACUGAAGAAAGAAAUGCUGUCAUGGUCCCAUCUGCUGGCAGUGGUAUCCCUGGGGCUCCAGCUGAGUGGACUCCAGUGCUUGGUAUGGAAACUCACAUUCCUGUUAUAUUUCUAGACUUGAGUGCUGAUGAUUUCAGCUCACAGGAUAAUCUUGAUGACCCAGAACCUGCAGGAUGGGAUGCUACUCUUACUGGGGAAGAAGAGGAGGAGUUUUUUGAACUGCAGAUUGUAAAACAUCAUGAAGGAGAGGCAAGAGCAGAAGCCUCGUGGGACUCUGCAGUGCAUAACUGUCCUCAGCUCAGCAAAGGAGCCACAGCAGAUGAAAGAGUGUUUCUGAUCGUAAGAGUGACAGUCCAGCUCAGCCAUCCUGCUGAAAUGCAACUCGUGCUACGUAAACGCAUUUGUGUCAGUGUUCAUGGCCGCCAGGGUUUUGCUCAAAGUCUCCUAAAAAAGAUGUCUCAUCGAAGUUCUAUUCCUGGCUGUGGAGUCACAUUUGAAAUUGUCUCCAAUAUCCCAGAGGAUGCUCAGGGUGCAGAGGAACGAGAAGCAUUAGCACGAAUGGCAGCUAAUGUUGAAAAUCCAGCCUCAGCAGACUCAGAAGCCUAUAUUGAAAAAUACUUGCGCAGUGUCUUAGCUGUUGAAAACCUUCUUACUUUAGAUCGUCUUCGUCAGGAAGUUGCUGUGAAGGAACAACUAACAGGAAAAGGAAAGCUGAAUAGGAGGAGUAUUAGCUCUCCAAAUGUGAACCGACUCUCUGGAAGCCGACAAGAUCUUAUUCCAACUUACAAUUUAGGUAGUAACAAGGGUCGGUGGGAAAGUCAGCAAGAUGUUUCCCAAUCAGAACAUUCCAGAGUGAUGACUCCAGCUCGUCCAUCUCUUUCUGGGCCUCCCCAGGAUAACCAUACCCCUGAACCAGGUCUUGGUGGCUUAGCAGCCUCCUACUUGAAUCCAGUAAAAUCCUUUGUGCCACAGAUGCCAAAGCUGCUUAAGUCCCUCUUUCCUGUCCGAGAUGAGAAAAAGGGCAGACAGCCAUCUCCUCUUGCACAGCAGCCCAUUCCCAGAAUUAUGGUACAACCUGUCAGCGUGGAUGUCGGCAGGACCAAGACAAAGCAGGUAUUUGUGCCACCAGCACCAGCAGUGCUAUUCUAGGAGCCAGCAGCACCCUCCCUCCCUAAUUCUGAUAAAGUCAACAAAGUGCCUUCCCAGCAAUUACAUUCUUCAAAUGUCCAGACGCAAGAUACCCCAGAGGGUCCCCCCAGCCCCGUGAGUGAGGCUUCUAGUGGUUACUUCUCACAUAGUGUCUCAACAGCAACUCUAUCUGAUGCCCUUGUAAUUGGCAUGGACCCCAAUGCCCAUGCUGGUAGUCAGACCCCAAGCACUCCCCCUCAUCCCCCUUGCCAGGUAGUGCCUGAAGGUGAUAUUCUAUUACCACCAGUUCCUGCCAGACCUAAGGACCACACGAAGCCAGUCUCUAACCAGGAAGUCUCCAAACCACAGUUGCCCCCUGACUUACUAUCUCAGUCUCCUGCUGUGGCCUCUCCAUUUAAAAUCCAGAAGGUGAGAACUUCAGAGCUAAAAUCUUUCACACAAAUGCUAGGAGACUCUAACUGUCCCUCCAGUUCAAAUGAAGACCAGCUGACCACCUCGGGCAGUCUCAGCAACCCAGGAGGAGCAGUCAGGGAAAAGCUAGAAAUGACUUCUGACUCAGAAGAAGCUGAAGAAGUCCCAGAAUGGUUGAAAGAGGGAGAAUAUGUCACUGUGGGCACAAACAAAACGGGAAUUGUCAGAUAUAUUGGACCAACAGACUUUCAAGAGGGGACCUGGAUUGGAGUGGAGUUGGAUCUACCUUCUGGUAAGAAUGAUGGCUCCAUUGGGGGAAAGCAAUAUUUCAAAUGCAACCCUGGCUAUGGUCUCCUUGUGAAGCCAGGCAGGAUCAAGAAAGCCACAGGGCCGGCCCGGAGGCGCAGCGCGGGCCUCAGACUCCAAGGAGCGACCAUGGAGCACCGCAAGAGCGGGAAUCUGUCCGGCUCGGCCUCCAACUUGGCCUCAUUGACAGCCCUCGCCAAGGCUGAAGGGGGAUCCGCGCUGAGGCCCGAGAGGGGCCAGAAGGCUGCAGAAAACCGGAAAUCCUGGGCCAGUUAAGCACAGUCCUGCCAGCCAGCUCUGUGUCCACUGGAGAGGCCCCGGGAGCUCCUGACACAUCUAGGCACACACGGACAAGAUCAUGGGAAGGCUCUUCCCCCACCCCUUCGGAGCCCUCUGAUGGCUGCCGUGCACCCUCGUGGCCCUCUCUGGGGACAGCCGCUCGGGGCUUGACCUCCUGCCUUUCAACCUGUGGAACCACCCAGGCUUGAGAACUGGAGCUUCCUGUGGGGAGCUCAGAUAGAAGCAUUGCUAGAGGCACGAAGCGUGCUGUCUUAUCCCUGGGUUUUUACUGGUUUCAGAAGCUAUUUUUUCCUGAGUCCAGCAGAAAGCCGGGAGAAUAGGAAAGCCUCUCCUGAGCAGCAGGAUAAGAAGGCUCUGAAAGGAGGCCUGGGCUCAUCUCUGACCCUGCCCUUCCUGGGCUUCUGCUAACACUUUAAUUCUAAUUUUUUGUGAUUCCAUUGACCCCUUCUUUUUAAGUAGAAUUAAAACUGAGGCCUCCUUUCCCUGCCCCAAAGAAUGACUCCCUCAUGCUGGCCUGAGAUCUCGUGGCUCCUAGUCUUAUUCUGUUUGCCUGCUGGCCUUGGUCAAUGAGUCCUUUCUGGGGCCCACUCCCACCCCCGCAAAUGUUCUCUCUGCCGCCGCCAUGUUUCCCCCACCCCUCCCACCCCCGGGCCAGGCUUUUCAAAACAUUGCUUACCUGAGUGGGGGCUCUUUUUUCCUUUAAGAAAUCCUAAAACUGCAGGGCCCAAACCUCCCUCCCCCCUUUUUCCUUACUUUCUCUUACAGGGUAUAUAGUUUGAAAAGAAUGUCCUUGCCUUAAACUUGGAAGACUGUUUUGUUUCCCAACGAUGCCCUUAACAGAGUGUUUGGAUAGUAUUUAUUUGUAUUUAUUAUUUUUUUUAACCCUAAAUAAUGUGCGAGCUACAAUCUUUCACUGCCUUCCGUAGACCCAGGUGCCUUCUGUUCCCUGGUGCCCAGAGCCUGCAUGGGGGAGUAGCCAGCCUUGUCUGGGAGGGGCCAGAGACUCCUGACCACUCUGGAAGGGUCCUGGGUCUGGGCACCUCUGGCGAGCCGUACUUCAUUUUCAAACACACAAGUGACCUUAUUCAAAUGAAAUGGAAACAAAAA